UCUUAACAAAAAUGAUGUUGGGUUAUCUGCGUGGAGAGAAGCAAGCCGCUCCCGCCACGGAAUUUCUGUGGCUAUCUGCGUUGACAUCAUCCAUCUUCUUCCACGGUCUGCACCACUGUGGGAAUUAGGGUUCCUACUGAAUUCCACAACUUCGCCAACCAAACUAUGGCAACUCUGCAAUCUCUGCCACCUGCUUUCCGUCCAUCAAUUCCAGCCCCAAAUUCUCACUCUUUUCCGGCAGCCACUCCCUUAAAUUAUUCCCCCAAAUUCAUUGGCUCAAAGGGUCUCAGUGUGGGCUUCAGACACUCUAUAAUUUCUCCAAGGGUUUCCAAUGCCCAGUAUAGUCCCCAAAUCGCGGAAACUCUCAGUGAUGUUAGCAUUUUUACCGCUUCGGGCGAGCCAGUAAGGUUCAGUGAUCUCUGGGACCAGAAACAGGGAGUAGCUGUUGUGGCACUGUUGAGGCACUUUGGAUGCCCGUGCUGCUGGGAAUUGGCUUCAGCCUUGAAAGAGUCCAAAGCAAGGUUUGAUUCAGCUGGUGUCAAACUAAUUGCAGUGGGUAUUGGUACUCCCGACAAAGCCCGCAUGCUUGCUAAUCGAUUACCAUUUCCAAUGGAUUGUCUUUAUGCUGACCCGGAUCGCAAGGCAUAUGAUGUUUUGAACCUUUACUAUGGUUUUGGCCGAACUUUCUUUAAUCCAGCCAGUACAAAGGUAUUUUCUAGAUUUGAUGCUCUGCAGAAAGCUGUCAAGAACUAUACAAUUGAAGCCACUCCAGAUGAUAGAAGUGGUGUGUUGCAGCAGGGAGGGAUGUUUGUGUUCAGAGGAAAGGAGCUUCUGUAUGCAAGGAAAGACGAAGGGACAGGUGAUCAUGCCCCCUUAGAUGAUGUUUUUAAUGUCUGCUGCAAAGCUCCGGUUGCCUAAAGAUUUCAAAGUUUGCAUAGUUUAGGAAAUAGUAGACGAGAUUUCUCUGAAUCUUAUCGGUGACAACAUAUUGCAUGUUAAGGUUUGGUUAAAAGUCAUUUACACAUUAUAAAGUCAAAUAUACAUAAACAAAAUUUUAGUAGCAAAAGUUGAUAUAGAAUUCGUGAUUGUAAUA